AUGGCCGACUCUCCCGUCACUCUGCGGACUCGCAAGUUCAUCCGCAACCCUCUGCUUGCCCGCAAGCAGAUGGUCGUGGACGUCCUCCACCCCAACCGCCCCAACGUCUCCAAGGACGAGCUCCGUGAGAAGCUGGCCGAUCUGUACAAGUCCAACAAGGACCAGGUCUCCGUCUUCGGUUUCCGCACACAGUACGGUGGUGGUAAGAGCACCGGCUUCGCUCUGGUCUACGACUCCUCCGAGGCCCUGAAGAAGUUCGAGCCCCACUACCGUCUCGUCCGCAUCGGUGCCGCCAGCAAGAUCGAGAAGGCUUCCCGCCAGCAGCGUAUGUUUCUCUUCGUCUCCCUUCGCCAUGGCGAUUAUCAAUCGCAAAACAUAAUGCUAACCCCUUUCUUCUCUCCUACAGGCAAGCAACGGAAGAACCGUUCCAAGAAGUUCCGCGGUGUUGCCAAGGUCAAGGGCCCCAAGAAGAGCAAGGAUUAA